AUGGCAGUGAACCAGAACCAUACGGUCGACCGCCGUGGGGCCGCCAUCCCUCAUGGUGAAAGUCUCUUGAAGAAAUGUUCAGAUGUGGACCUCUCCUUCCCCCAGUCACCACCAGGCUCCAACGUCUUCAGUGGUACAAAGAGGGGGGCUUUGUUUCUCACCUCGUACCGGGUGAUUUUUGUGACUUCACGUUCAGACAACGAUUCCCUGUUGUCUUUUACGAUGCCAUUUCAUCUAAUGAAUAACUGCACCGUUGAACAACCAAUCUUUGGUGCAAACUACAUUAAAGGGACAAUUCAGGCAGCUCCAGAUGGUGGCUGGGAAGGCUCUGCUACUUUUAAAAUAGUCUUCAGGAAAGGAGGUGCCAUCGACUUUGCCCAGUUGAUGGCUAAAGCUGCCUCUGCUGCUGCCCAAGGAUUUCCACUCAGAGUUGCAAGCUUCUGGAUGGGCCCUCUAGGAAUUUAUGUCAUCACUGGGGACAGGAGCAUGUAUGCCCCACAGGCAUGCCAAGUUGCCUAUGGAGCCCCACAUGGGGCCUAUGGAGCCCCACCUGCGGGAUACGGAGUCCCACCUGCGGGGUAUGGAGCCCCACCUGUGGGAUACGGAGUCCCACCUGCGGCAUUUGGAUCCCCUCCUCCACUAUACGUAGCUACCCCUGUGGGCUACGGAGUUCCACCUCCUGGGUAUGGACCUCCACCUGUGAGAUACGGAUCCCCACCUCCUGGAUAUGAAGCCCCCGUUAUGGAGUAUGGAACCCAACCUCCCAGAUACGUAACUACACCUAUGGGAUCCGGUUCCCCACCUCCCGGAUAUGAAGCCCCGCCUAUGGCUUAUGGAACUCCUCCUUCAGGGCGUGAGUCCCAACCCCCUGGAUCCACAGCCCUGUCUGUAGCACAGGAAGCUCCACCUGCUGGGUCUGAAGCAGGCCACCUCACGUCUGCGGCAGCCCAGAAUCCUGAAUUUCAGGCAUCUUUUCCCUCUGCCUCGACUUCACAGGCCCAUUCUCCCCCUUCAAAGAUGUAAACCUUGAAGUUUCAC